AUGUCGCCUUCUAGUCCAAACAGAGAAAUUGGUACAGGUUUACCUCCCCGGCACAGAAUUGUCAUUGCUAUAGACUAUGGAACCACGUAUUCUGGUCUUAGCUAUGCUAUAAGCAACGCCGAAAAAGGCACAGAAUAUGGUAUCGGAUGGCCACGCAGCCUGAAUACCGACAGUCUCGGAAAGAUUCCAACCAAAAUUGCUUACAAAGCGGAGAAUCUUCAGUCGUUGCAAACGGACACCUGGGGCUAUGCGGUGGGAGCAGACUCAAAAUCGUGUUCAUGGACCAAGCUCCUUCUUGACAAGAGUGCCUUUAAGAACAGAGACGAUGAAGUUGGUCCUAGGGAAAAUAUCGAUGAAGGAAUGAUGCAUCUGCCACCAAAUCGCACUGCUAAUGGCGUCUGUGAGGACUUCCUCCAUGCGAUGUAUGUUCAUUUUGUCAAUGAGGCCCGUCAAAGAGUUGGAACGGAAGCAUUCGAUAUGUCCCCAAUGGAUUACUGGAUUACAUUGCCCGCUAUAUGGUCCGAUGAGGCAAAGCAGGCCACCUUGGAUGCUGCGAAAGGGGCUGGAUUUGCCAAAAACUCUAUGGAUCAAAUACGCACUAUUGCGGAGCCAGAAGCUGCAGCUAUUGCAACCUUGCAAGAACUUGCUACAUCUGGCUCCCUCGACGCUGUGCAGUUAGAGUUUAAGGAACUCUACAUUGGAGCAGGUGAAAAAUGUGGGUCAACCUUCAUCGACCGUCGUCUUCACUUCCUCUUGUCGGAGCGAUUCGGCAAUGCUUUUAAAGAUUUGCCAUGUGAGAAAAAAGGCCCGGACAGCAAAUUCAUGAACGCUUGGGAGUUUCUCAAGAGGGAUUUCGGCCACGACAUCAACGAUAUGGGUACAUUUGAUCUGGGUCCCUUGAAACUCAAUUCGCCAAGUUCAAAACAUUAUGACGACAUUGAGCAUGUUGUUCAUCUCUCAUGCGGAGAUAUGAAACAUUUGUUUGAUCCAAUCAUCAAUCAAAUACUCGAUUUGGUGCGCAGUCAAACAAAGCAAGCGAAGCGUCAAAGGAAUGCGGAGAUCGAUUCGGUGGGCUUGGGGGUUCGAAGUAUUUGUACGAAAGGCUACAAUCAUGGUGCUCCGCAAACGGGAAUGUUAAAAUUCUAUGCCCUAAGGACCCUCCUAAGGGGUGCUAGAAUUCGCGGCCUGGAAGAAAUCGCGCCUUUCGUCAAGUAUGCUCGUCGCCACUACGGUUUUCGUAUUGCGCUUCCUUUCCGGAGGUUUACCUAUGAUACGAAACACGCUUUUAUCGACGAGUUCACGGAGCGGUUAUUCUGUGCAGGUCGCAUGGGCGAUGGGAUAAUUGAGGGGUUUUAUCAUCGAGAGGGUUGUACGGCUUCUUAUACUCCUGGAGAAGAAGUGACCGGCGUCCAAGAGAUCGGUCAAAUAACUUUUCAUUUCAAGUCGGACUUCGACUUCGAUGCUGCGAAAGAAUCAAGAUUCAUUCGUCGACUCAAGAAAUAUGUUUACCAAUUUCAUUUCGACGUCCAAGUCGUCUUUGGUGAUAAAGGAGCUAAUUUGAAAUUCAGAAUAGCUGUGAAUGGGAGGGUGAUUGCUACCGUUCCGAUAAAGUUUACCGAUCGUUGA